GACUUUGAGGAGUUAAGAAAUGUGGGAGUUUUCUUCUCCUCCUUCUGCCAGGCACAGAAAUUCUUUAUAAAUACGUAGGUCUUGAAUAGGCUUGGAAGCCCUAAGAUCUGUGGACAUUGGGUAUUCUCUUUGGGUCGCUGGCACCUUGAACUCAUCUUCCCAUAGGGCCAUAUCAAGAUCACCAGAAGACAGCUCAGCCUGAAAACAGGACUUCCUCCCAAGAUGGAAAACCUUGCUGACAACUUCUCCUGCUAUGACCCAUCCAUUGUUGGCUACCGCUACUUGUCAGUGAGCUGGGGCAUUGUGGUGACAAUCACUGGCACUGUGGGCAAUAUCCUGACCCUGCUCGCUUACGCAGCUGACACUAAGCUGCAGACACGCUUCAAUCUCCUCAUCAUCAACCUGACCUUCGCUGACAUCCUGUACUGCACCUUCUUGCAGCCCUUCUCGGUGGAUUCCUACCUCCAUCUCCACUGGCGGGCGGGUGCAGACUUCUGCCGCAUCUUUGGGAUGUUGCUCUUCGUCUCCAACUCGGUCUCCAUUUUGACCCUGUGCCUCAUCGCCAUCAGCCGGUACCUGCUCAUUGCCAACACCCCUCUCUUUGACCGCAUCUUCUCCCGUCUUGGGGUGAUACUCAUCUCCCUGGCCACCUGGGUGGUUGGCAUUGCCAGUUUUGCACCCUUGUGGCCGGUCUAUGUCUUGGUGCCCAAGGUCUGCACCUGCAGCUUCCAUCGCAUCCGUGGCCGGCCCUACACCACCAUCCUCAUGGCCCUCUACUUUGUGGUGGGUCUCAGCUGUGUCGGUGUCUUCUACUUCCUCAUCCAUCGCAAAGUCAAAAGUGCUGCCCAGGCCCUGGAUCAGUACAAGCUCAAGAAAGCCAGCCUAAAAGGAGCCCAUGUGGCUGGAACCAGCUCGGCCACAGCUGGACGCUAUCAAGAGCUCGACAGUGGGGUGGACAGUGCCAGUCCAUCCCAGCAUUCCUGUGAAGCCCUGCCCUCUGACUCCACUUCCAAGACCCUUGUUGCGCCAGCUUCUGACAGCAGUGCAAAUACUCCUCCCACACCUCAGCCUGCGGCCCCACCUAAGAAAAGCACACCCAAGGACAGCAACUCCGAGUUCCGCCGAGUGACGCGCAUGUGCUUUGUGGUCUUCAUUUUCUUUGUCAUCUGCUACAUCCCCUUCAUGCUAGUCAACAUUUUUGAUGCCAAAAACCGGGCUCCGACCGUCCUGCACAUGAUUGCUGCCAAUCUCACAUGGCUCAAUAGCUGCAUUAACCCAGUGCUUUAUGCUGCCAUGAACCGACAGUUUCGUGAGGCUUACAAAGGUGUGAUCUACCGGUUUGCUCAGAAAUUCAACAGGUGUUGUUAAGCUACUGGGAUCUGGUCAGGUUACCUCCGUCUUCAUGGAAUGGACCUGUUUUCAGAACAGGUUUCUGAACCCUGGUUUGUCCUAGGGAAUGGGAUGCCGCCAUGAAACUGCCUGGCUUUUCCUGCUGAAAACCUAAUUCAGAGAUCUUCAUGGGUUGUUUCCCCUGAUUUUUGCUACUGUAUUUUGUCCUGUACUCUGUGGCCCACAGGUAGUAGGGAAACCCAACUGGAUUGAUUAAAUGGACCUUGUUGGCACUGUGGAAAUCUCCCUUUUGGAUUUGUAGCCAGUGACAGUAGCAUGGUUGGCCUUGCCAAGCUCUGGGUAUGGCCAACAUCCUGAUAGGAGUAGGUCCUACGCAGCCCAUGGACCUCAUACAUCCCAGCCUCCUAAAGGGAGUUUUCAUCCCUUGAUGCUGCCGCUGCCACCACAACCAACGGUGCUUCUGCUGUCUUCACCAGAAUUACCUGGUCAAAAAUCAUCAGCCUAGCGAAAAGGCUAUACAGUACCAGCCCUUCACAAGGGAGCCAUUCUGACCUGGACAUGUGAUGCAAGAAGAUACCCUUAUGCCAUGGCAAGCCGCCACUGCUGUCACCACCAAAUUGUCUUGCAACUGUGACAGCUUAGGGGCCUCAACUCUUGCUACCACAUUUUGAAAGCUGCUGUAAUGGUGGCAGGAAUUGUGGAUUGGACAACAAUACACAGCCCUUCACCAUCCCUGGGAGCUUGCCCAGGCCUCUCCUACAGCAAAUGUUGCUCCUUGGUGUGCAUCCAUUCAUUGUCUCAUAGAGGCAUGUACAUGCAAUGCUACACAGCCUGCACUUUCCUCUUUCUUGUGAACAGAUUUGUAAAUGCAUAUUUAUAUUGAUCACCUUUACUUGGCACUCGACUUACCCAAACUAUGCAUCUGUUUUAUCACUUGAAGCACAAGAUAGAUCUUAUUAACAUCUAUAUGCUGACUUCCUUUCCACUCCGAGAUGGUGCACAAACUUUCAGCCCUUCCUUUCAAAUCCUUUGGUGGUUUUUCCCUCACUUAUCUCUCUGAUCUUAUUAUAACCCAAUGGAUAUUUCAUCAGAGGCUUUUAGUCACUCUGCUCCACCAGCCUCAGCCACCUAAACAUCUUCUGGACUCACAGCCUCUCCCUUCCUCUAUUGCUGCUUCCCAACCCUACACCCCCCCCCGACCUAGAACAGCUCCCUUUAUU